AUACCAAGUUUGCAGGGCUGGGUUCCACUCGCCUGGCUUUAUAUACCCUCCCGCGGAGAGAUCGCGGCACACGUGCUACACACGGCAGGACAGACGCACGACACAGUCAUGUACGCUAAGUUGUUAAUGUUGUGCUGCGCGUGGGCCGCGGUGUCUGCAGCGCCGGGUCUCCUGGAUAUCGGGCUGUCGCACGGGUACGCCGCGCCCUCCUACACCAUCGCUGCUCCUGCCAUCACCACACACGCAAUAGCCGCCCCGGCAGUCGCCACUCACGCCAUCGCCGCCCCUGUAGUCCGUGCGGAGCCCAUCGACCCUAACCCAGCAUACAGCUUCUCGUACGGGGUAGCGGACCCCCACACCGGCGACCAAAAGGAGGCGCAGGAGACGCUGCAGAACGGCGUCGUCCACGGCUCCUACAGCCUCGUUGAGCCCGACGGCCACGUGCGCAAGGUCACCUACACCGCCGACAAGGUCAACGGGUUCAACGCCGUCGUACAGAGGACUGGUGGCACUCACGCGGCUCCCGUCGCCGUAGCAGCACCCAUAGCCAAGGUAGCACUAGCACCUGCACCCGUCGCUGUCGCCGCGCCCGUAGCCAAGCUCACCCUGCCGGCGCUCGGCCACCCCUGGUAGAGUCGCUUCGACAAAGUACUGCUGUGUUGCUGAUCGGCUAUAGGACAGGCUGCAACCCCUCAAGCAAGUGCCAAAGAGAAUAUGGUGGGACGCUUCACCAAUGCUCUCGGACGAAAUAAAGACUUCCGUUCCAAAGAUGGCGGAUUAAAGAUGGCGGUUGGUUUUUGAAAGUUAUUUAGUUGGUUGUAAGUUUGAUGCAUGGAACAUGAUAACGAGAUAUAGGGAGAGUUAAAAUAAAAUAGCUUAAACAAGUCUCUUUGAGCAAGAAGUUGUUAAGGCUUGAUAAAGGAUGAAGUAUUGCAGGGGUUGUAAGUAUUAGGUUUUUGGGUUGUCGUUUCGAAGGGUUUUUUUACAUCCGCUCGGCAACACAGCAGUAACAAUGACCUCGCAGUGUAACGUGGAAAUGUAACUAAUUGUUUUAUUUUUAUUUAUUUCGUACUGCUUUGACUGUUGCUACGGAUUUGAUCUUGACGCGUUGUAUUACUAUAAUGUAAAUAUUAUGUACUAGUUUUUAAAUAAAUGCAACUUAUUGCGGU